AAGCUCCACCAAAACUGGAAGAAAAUCCUCCUGAAGCUUUCACUGACUCAUCCCUCUUUGCUCACUGGGGGCAGGACCUCAGUCCUGAAAACCGACGCAUUGCCCUUAAACAAUUCCAGUAUUAUGGCUACAAUGCUUACUUGAGUGAUCGCCUACCAUUGAAUAGGCCACUACCUGACCUGAGGCCUAAUGGGUGCAGAAACCUCACAUUUCCUAACAGCCUUCCUGAGGUCAGCAUUGUUUUCAUAUUUGUUAAUGAAGCCCUCUCAGUGAUUCUGCGCUCCAUUCAUUCUGCUAUUGACCGGACUCCUCCUCACCUUCUCAAAGAAAUUAUCUUAGUGGAUGAUAACAGUAAUAAUGAAGAACUCAAGGAGAAACUAAAGGAGUAUGUUGACGAGGUGAAUAUGCGGAAGCCUGGAUUCAUCAAGGUGGUCCGACACAGCAAGCAAGAGGGGCUGAUCCGGUCUCGAGUCAGCGGAUGGAGAGCUGCCACAGCACCAGUUGUUGCACUCUUCGAUGCUCAUGUGGAAUUCAGCGUGGGAUGGGCUGAACCAGUACUCAUGAGGAUAAAGGAAAACAGAAAAAGGGUCAUUUCUCCUUCGUUUGAUAACAUCAAAUAUGAUAAUUUUGAAAUAGAGGAAUACCCCCUAUCAGCGCAGGGGUUUGACUGGGAACUGUGGUGUCGAUAUCUGAAUCCUCCAAAAUCAUGGUGGAAGCUGGAAAACUCAACUGCUCCGAUAAGAAGCCCUGCACUGAUUGGAUGCUUCAUAGUAGACAGGGAGUACUUCCAAGAGAUUGGCUUACUAGAUGAAGGCAUGGAGGUCUAUGGAGGAGAGAAUGUGGAGCUCGGGAUCAGGGUAUGGCAAUGUGGAGGUAGUGUUGAGGUGCUGCCUUGUUCCAGGAUUGCCCAUAUUGAAAGAGCUCAUAAGCCGUACACAGAAGACCUCACUGCUCAUGUCCGAAGGAAUGCGCUAAGAGUGGCCGAAGUCUGGAUGGAUGAAUUUAAAAGCCAUGUUUACAUGGCAUGGAAUAUACCCCAAGAGGAUUCUGGAAUUGACAUUGGUGAUAUUUCUGAGAGGAAGGCCCUGAGGAAAAAACUACAAUGCAAGACCUUUAGGUGGUACCUUGUCAGUGUAUAUCCAGAAAUGAGAAUGUACUCAGACACUAUCGCCUAUGGGAUGCUGCAGAAUUCCCUGAAAAGUGAUUUGUGCCUUGAUCAGGGGCCAGACACAGAAAAUAUUCCAAUCAUGUAUAUCUGCCAUGGAAUGACACCACAGAAUGUUUAUUAUACAAGUAAUCAGCAGAUCCAUGUGGGUGUUCUGAGUCCCACUAUUGAUGAUGAUGACAACAGAUGCCUGGUGGAUGUGAACAGCAGGCCCAGACUCAUUGAAUGCAAUUAUGCCAAAGCCAAGAGGAUGAAGCUUUACUGGCAAUUUACUCAGGGAGGUCCAAUCCAGAACAGAAAAUCCAAGCGUUGCCUGGAAUUACAGGAAAACAGUGACAAUGAAUUUGGAUUUCAGCUGGUCCUUCAGAAAUGCACUGGCCAACGCUGGUCUAUAACAAAUGUCCUGAAAAGCUUGUCAUCAUAACUGAUUCUAAGAAACUCUUAAUUCAGUCCUUUUGCUACUGUGUAGCAAAUGUUGCAAUGUUGCCUGCUGUACUGUAUCUUUUCUCCCCCCUCCUUUGAUUCUUUUUUGCGAGUGUGUGGAAAUCGGGUUUGUGGGCUGAAAAUAUGGACUUUUUUCAUAAUGACAUUUUCAUGGCAUUUAUAGAGAUGCGGAAUGACUGGUGAUGGUAGGCUAUCCUAAAAUAUUUUGCAAAUGUAAAUAGGGAACAAAUGGAGAAUAUUUAUAACU